AUGGAUGAAGAAAUUCUAACUGAAGAUAUUUUGGAUGAAAAUCAUAUUAUAAAUCUAAUUCAAAAUGAAAUUCAUAAUAAAAAUGAUAAUCUAAAUUAUUCUGAUAAUUCUGAAAAAGAAUCUGAAUUAAUAUCUUUAAACGAUACAAGCAAGUCAUUACAUACAUGGAUAACAUUCUUUGAACAACAACAAACUGAUAAAUUUAAGACAGAAGAUAUAAAUUUAUUUAAAAAAUAUCUUAAAGUAGUUAAGAGGCUUGAAUUUCAAGCAAAAAAACAGGUUGUGAUAACUGACUUCUUUUUUUAUAAGGAUUGA